UCCACCUUAGAACAUGAACAAUAAACUUUACUCUUCCUUAUGGACAUUCUUCACUUUCUGUUUUUCAUUGCAAUUGCACUACUACUUCUUCAUGAGCCUCAUUGUUAGUGGAACCAACUUCACUACUAGAGAUAAGCAUGCACUUGUUGCUCUCAAAUCUUCCAUAACUGAGGACCCUCACCACUUCCUCACACAUAAUUGGUCCACCAACUCCUCAGUAUGUAACUGGUUUGGUGUCACCUGUGAUCAUCGCCAUGGAAGGGUAAGAGCCUUGAAUCUUGGUGACAUGGGUCUUAGUGGUACCAUACCCUCUCAUUUGGGGAACCUCUCCUUCCUCAUUGAACUCAACCUUGGUGGUAACACUUUCCAUCACAACUUGCCACAAGAACUAGUUCAUCUUCGAAGAUUGAAGUCACUUAACUUGAGCUACAAUGAAUUCAGUGGUAAUGUUCCAAAAUGGAUAGGAGCCUUAUCUUCUCUUCAACACUUGAACCUUAGAAACAAUAGGUUUGGUGGUGUUAUUCCAAAGUCUAUAUCAAAUUUAACAGUGCUAGAGACCUUGGAAAUUGGCCACAAUCUUAUUGAAGGCUCCAUUCCAUAUGAAGUUGGCAGAAUGAGGCAAUUGAGGAUCUUAUCCAUGUCAGUAAACCAUCUCUCCGGUGUCAUUCCUCCAACUAUUUCUAACCUCUCUUCUUUGCGUGGAAUCAGUUUGUCUUAUAACUCUCUCUCAGGAGGCAUUCCAGUGGAGAUUGGUGAACUUCCGGAGCUAAGAGUGGUGUAUCUUGGAAAUAAUCCACUUGGUGGAUCCAUACCAACAACAAUGUUGAAUAGUUCAACGCUGCAAGACAUUGAGAUUGGGUCAAGCAACUUAUCUGGGACCCUACCAUCAAACUUAUGUGGUGGACUUGCAAGAAUCCAAGUGCUUUACAUAGCUUUCAACCUGCUUUCUGGUAAACUGCCUUCGGUUUGGCACCACUGCAAAGAGUUGACCGAUGUUGACUUAUCAAACAACAAGUUCAGCCAAGGGAACAUACCCCGGGAUAUUGGAAAUUUAACUAUGCUUGCUUCCUUGUAUCUUAAUCAAGCCAACUUACAAGGAGAAAUUCCACCCUCUCUUUUUAACAUAUCUUCAAUGAGAGUACUCAACUUUGGACAAAACAAAUUGAAUGGUAGCCUCACAGAAGAGAUGUUUCUUCAGCUUCCUUUACUAGAAUACAUUUAUCUGGUAGAUAAUCAAUUUGUUGGAAGUAUUCCAAAAACAAUAAGCAACUGCACCAUGCUCCAAGAGUUACAUUUGGGAAGCAACUACUUCACAGGUUCUAUACCAGAGGGCAUUGGAGAUCUUCUACUCACAAGCUUAAGCAUGGGAAAUAACCAUUUAAGUGGAUCAAUUCCCUCAAAUAUCUUCAACAUGUCUUCACUGAGUUACUUAUAUCUAGCAAAUAAUUCCCUCUCAGGUUCUCUUCCAUCACAUAUCAGCCUUGAAAACAUGGAAGAGCUAAACUUGUAUGGAAACAAACUUAGUGGAAAUAUUCCAAGUAGCAUAUCCAAUGCUACAAAGCUUAACUACAUGGACUUGAAGUUAAAUAAAUUCAGUGGAGUUAUCCCAAAUACUAUUGGGAAUUUGAGAAAUCUUCAGCAGCUUGAUUUAGGAUACAAUAAUUUAACCACUCAUUCUUCCACUCUUGAAUUAAUGUAUCCUUCUUCCUUGUGUGAUCUUUACAUAUCAGGGAAUCCAUUCCAUGCAAAGCUUCCCAAGUCAAUUGGAAAUAUGUCCAAUUUGGAACUAUUUGAUGCUGAUGCUUGCAGUAUUGAUGGUGAAAUCCCUUUGGAAAUUGGAAACUUAACCAAUUUGUACGCGCUAAGUUUGUACCAGAAUGAUUUAAGUGGAACCAUUCCAACUACAAUUAAAGGUUUGCAGUCUCUUCAAUAUUUGAAUCUUGGCAACAACCGUCUGCAGGGAACCAUCAUCAGCGAAAUCUGCAAAAUCAAGCAGCUGAGUGAGUUGUACAUAACUGAGAACAAGCUAAUUUCUGGAGAGGUUCCAACUUGCUUUGGUAAUCUUACUUCUCUAAGAAAACUUUACUUGAACUCCAACAAACUCAGUAAGGUGCCUUCUUCUCUUUGGAGCCUCAGAGACAUUCUUGUGGUGAACUUGUCUGACAAUGCUUUAACUCUGUCUCUUCCAAUUGAAAUUGGGAACUUAAAGGCUGUGACUUUCUUGGAUCUAUCAAAGAAUAUGAUCUCAGGAAGCAUUCCUGGGGCCAUUUCUGGAUUGCAAAAUUUGCAAAUUCUCAACUUAUCACAAAAUAAAUUGGUAGGGGGUAUUCCUGAUUCACUUGGCAGUUUGAUAAGUUUGACAGAUUUGGACUUAUCUCAAAACAACUUGUUUGGCUUGAUUCCAAGAUCAUUGGAGUCACUUCAUUAUCUUGAAUUCAUCAAUCUUUCUCAUAAUAAUUUGGAAGGAGAGAUUCCGAGUGGUGGACCUUUCAAAAAUUUCACUGCUCAAUCUUUCAUGUUUAAUAAAGCACUUUGUGGAAAUGCCAGAUUACAAGUCCCAGCAUGCAGUAAAGUAAAGAAGAAAGGGUCAAAUGCAAACAUAUUCUUCAUCAAAUGCAUAUUGCCUAUAAUGGUUUCAAUCAUUCUGGUUGUUUUCUGUGUGUUUUUUCUCGUCAGGCGUCGAAGAAAGAAUGGUGGUGAUACUAAUGAAGGAACAUUAUCAGCAUUACCAGCAGCCAGAAUGAUUUCGUACUAUGAACUAUCACAGGCAACUAAUGGAUUUGAUGAAAGUAAUUUGCUUGGUAGGGGCAGUUUUGGCUCUGUGUUCAAAGGUUUACUUUCAAAUGGGAUGGUGGUUGCUGUCAAAGUGUUUAACUUGGACUUGGAAUUAGGAUCAAAGAGCUUCAGCGUAGAAUGCGAAGCAAUGCGCAAUCUGCGCCAUCGAAAUCUCAUCAAGAUCCUAGAUUGUUGUUCAAGUAUAGAUUACAAGCUUUUAGUGAUGGAGUUCAUGCCUAAUGGGAGCCUUGAGAGAUGGUUGUAUUCUCAUAACCAUUGUUUGGACUUCUUGCAAAGGCUAAAUAUAAUGAUAGAUGUGGCAUCUGCAUUGGAGUAUCUGCAUCAUGGAUCUUCACCUAUAGUGGUUCAUUGUGAUGUCAAACCUUGUAAUGUCUUAUUGGAUGAAGACAUGGUUGCCCAUGUCAGUGACUUUGGCAUUGCCAAAUUGCUUGGAGAGGGACAAUCCAAAGAAUAUACCAAGACCAUGGCUACAGUUGGCUACAUUGCACCGGAGUUUGGAUCCAAAGGGAUUAUCUCUACAAAGGGAGAUGUAUACAGUUUUGGGAUAAUGCUGAUGGAAACAUUCACAAGAAAGAAGCCAACAGAUGACUUGUUUGUUGCAGGAUUAAGCAUGAAAGGUUGGAUUAGUGAAUCAUUACCCCAUGCAAUUGAUCGAGUUGUGGAUUCCAACUUGUUACAAGAUGUAGGUCACCACCAUGUUGAUGACAUAAUAGCAUCUACAUCAUCUAUCUUGAAACUGGCCUUGAAUUGUUGUGAGGAUUUACCUGAAGAACGAAUGAACAUGACAGAUAUUGCUGCAUCAUUGAACAAAUUUAAGGCCAUGUUUCUUAAAGCUAGUGACAAGGAUGUCGUGCGGUUUUGUAGAAAAUGAACCACUUUGUAAUAUGUAAAUGUUUAGUACAUUCCCUUUCUUUGCAUUUGAAUUUUGGCCUCAGUAGAGAGUCUAUAUUUUUCUACAUUAGGAACAUAAGAUGUUGCAAUAAACAUUAUCAAAAGAGG